GUCAUGUUAAAAAGGUUAAAGGAUAGAUAAAAUGCUUUUAACCAAUACUUGCACAUUUUUAGCAUAGUUACUAAUGAGUCAAAAAUUGAUUAAAUCAACAGAAGAGUUUGACUGUGAGCGAAGAGGAUUUAACGUAACAAAAAAAUGCCUUGGUACUGGCGCUUACGCUAAAGUUAAGCUAGCCUACGUAUCAAACGAGAAACUUGAAAAUGAUAAAAGAUUAGCGGAAGAGUUAAAAGACAAUGGAACUAAUAAGGUGGCUAUCAAAGUCAUAAAAAGAAAAAAUCUUCCUAAAGAUUAUGUCAGCAAAUUUUUAACCAGAGAAAUUGAGUGUUUACAUGCUGCGUAUAGAUUACCUCACGUGAUUCAGCUUUAUGAAACUUUCCGAACUGAAAGACAAAUUUAUCUUGUGAUGGAAUAUGCGUCCAAAGGAGAUUUGUUGGAAUAUAUAAAUUCAAGAUCGACAGAGCUACAAAACAACAAACCAGGGAUUGGGGAAAAAAAAGCAAAGAUCUUUUUUAAACAACUUUUAAUAGCUGUAAAACAUUGUCACAAAAGAAAUAUGGUUCACCGAGAUCUCAAGUGCGAAAAUAUUCUAAUUGCAGAAGCAAGCGAUGGUAAAGAGAUAAUAAAAAUAACAGAUUUUGGUUUUGCCACUCGUUUUCCAUCGAACAAAAAUGUUCUUCUUGAAACCUUUUGUGGUAGUUACGCCUACGCUGCUCCAGAGAUAUUGCAAGCGGAAAAGUACGAUGGAAAAAUUGCUGACAUUUGGAGUUUAGGCGUUAUACUUUUUGCUAUGAUCAAUGGGAAGCUUCCUUAUAACGAUCGCAACUUAUGCGCAUUAAUAGAACAAACUAAAGAAAAGCCACGGUUUUCGAGCCGAGUGUCAGUGUCCGAAGAGUGUAAAGAUUUGAUAUGCAAAAUUUUAACGCAAAGUACAAAUAAAAGAUCAACCUUACAAGAUAUAUUUCAACAUCCAUGGUUGCUGCCACAAAGUAAUUCCAAUAAGAGCGUCAUGUUGGUUUCGCACGAUGGAGAGAAAGAUUAUUACGUUGGAAAACCUGAUUUAAAGACUGCUAAAAAUGUACAAACCGAUUUGAAAACAUUGGACCAAAACCAAGAAGUUUUUUCUCAACAACGUGUAUGCUUGUUAGAAAAAGCUUCAAAGUUGUCUAAUAAACCCAGUACGCCAACUGCUACGCAAAAGCUGCUUCACUCGCGUGGAAACAAAAACAAUUUUCUAUUCAGCCUAUCUAUAAAAAAAAUGAUUAAUGUUCCUCCAAAAACUGCUAACAAUCCUAUGAGUAUUAUAAAAAUCCAAAAGCCGAACACAACAAAAGAAACCUUACAUGAAUUCAGUCAACCAGUCAGGCUUGACGCAAAAACUGACAUAAGAUUGGAGAGUUUUUUCCAAAGUAAAAAGUUAUAUUGCGUUUCUCCGAAUAAAAGAAAUAAACACAAACAAAAUCCAUUGUCAAACGAGAAUAGCCUAAUAAAAGAUGAAAGUAUUUCGCGCUCUGAGUUGGCUCUCAAAAUUGAAAAACCUGAAACUCUUCCAAGUGUUUCCAAACCCAAAAAAAAACUCGAAGAUAAAAUUAGCUCUGUUGAAAACAGUAACUAUUACGAUUUAUCAUCAUAUCACUUUAUAUCUGGAAAACAUGUUAAAAAACUUAGGUCUACUCUGCCUAUUUCAAAUAAAUUAAUGACAACUGAAGCUCGGAAAGCCUCAUUAACACAAAAAGGAAACAAACAAGAGAUGCUAGACUUAAAUAUUAACUGGAAACGGACCAAAAUAUCAUCCAAAAUAAAAAAAGACAAAAUAAAUUUGUUAUUUGGAAAUAACAGAUCCUUUUUUAAAAAGCGAAAAAGUAUAAAAAAAUAAUUUUUUUUUUGUUAUUUAUUGAGAAAAAAUGAUACAUAUA